GGCCCCCAGUAGCCGCUCCUCCCCAUGUACGGCCUGCAGAGCGCCUUCCUGCGCUGGGCCGUCUUCCUGGUGCCGCCUCCGCUGCGGGAGUCGCUGCUGCCGGGCGGUUGGAUCUUCUCGCCCGGCCCCAGCCCCAGCCCCAGGCCCAGGCCCCGUAACCGAUGGAGCGACUCGGCCCCGGCUGGGCUCCAGCCCCAGGCCCCGGCCCCGGCCCCGGCCCAGGCCCCGCCUCGGGGCGGGCGGAGGGAGGUUCCCGCUGGACACAUCCCGCCCUCGGCGGCGGCGGCGGCGGCUGCGCUCCCAUUAGGCGGACUCGCCGCUCUCCGCCGCCUCUGGCUCGGCCUAACCGGGACCCCGGCGCUCCCCAGGCGGCCGCCGAUGGAAGAGACGGAGCCGCCGGGGCCGCAGCUCCCGCCGCCCGGGGAGGCGCCUCGCCCGCCGCCCGCGGUGCGGAUUCAAGUGGCACCGGCCGAGGAGGAGACACCGAGUCCGCCCCACAGCGGACAGCCGAGUCCGGGGGAGGCGGAGAAACCCAGUGCCUCUUUCAGUGGAGCAGAGAAUGACCUGGAUGAGCUGGACAGUGAUUGGAGGUCUCCUGACCCUGAGCUGAUGCAAAAACUAAUUGCUCAGAUUGAAUAUUACCUUUCGGAUGAAAACCUGGAGAAAGAUGCAUUUCUUCUGAAGCAUGUGAGAAGAAAUAAAAUGGGAUAUGUCAGUGUUAAACUACUGACCUCCUUCAAAAAGGUGAAGCACCUCACUCGUGACUGGCAAACCACUGCCUUUGCUCUGAAGCACUCACAGCUACUGGAGCUGAAUGAAGAAGGAAGAAAGGUGAGAAGGAAGACUGCUGUUCCAGUGUUCCCUAGUGAAAAUCUUCCCAGUCGGAUGCUGUUGGUACAUGAUAUGCAUGUGUGCCCAGAAUUUCAAGUUUUAAACCAAAACCAGGAAUCUGAAAAUGGUGGCUUGCAAGAGAAGGUAAUGGAGUAUAUACUAAAGGCUUUUGGCUUGUUUGGUACAAUCUCUUCUGUUCGUGUUCUAAAGCCUGGAAAGGAGCUUCCUGCUGAUGUGAAGAGAUUGAGCAAUCGGUAUUCACAGCUGGGAAUAAAAGAGUGUGUGAUUGUAGAGUUUGAAGAUGUUGAAUCUGCAAUCAAAGCACAUGAGUCACUUGGAAAAACAGAUGAGGGCAUGAAAGUGGUACUGAUAGGCAUGAAACCACGAAAGAAGAAAGUUGUCAGAGAGAAGACCAAAGAAGCUGAAGAUGUUAAGAAUGGGUCAAAAAGCAAAUCUGCCAAUAAGCGAGUUGAAGAGCUGCAGUACGUGGGUGAGGAUUCCUCUGCGUACAGCUCAUCUGAACCUGAAAGCAACCCUGCAUCUCCCAUGCUAAGCCGCAAGCUUAAACCCAAUAAUCAGCUGAGUCCCAACACCUAUCAAAACAAUCACCUGAGUCCUAAUGCUUCACCUCGAUCCAGUCCAUGGAACAGUCCACGUUCAAGCCCAUCAAUACAGCGAAAAAAUACAAUUUCCCGGAAAUCUCCCCUUACUGGAGAUGCAAAACUCACUGCUGCUACAAGUCCUGAAGUAGGAAGUAAGUGGACUGACUAUUCAUCUGACAGUAGCAACACACCAUCUGGCAGCCCAUGGGUACAGAGACGAAAGCAAGCACAGGUGAUAUCACAUGAGAACAGUCCAGUAGACAGCCCUAUGCUUUCCCGAAAAAUGCAUAAUGCAGGUGGACUGCCUCAAGGAGUAGUACGUUUACCCAGAGGUCCAGACGGUACAAAAGGAUUUCAAACCCUUACAGAAAGGAGUAAGCCACUUGUAAUCUGAAGUACGGUUUUGUUUCUGUUCCCUGUAAUGUACUGCUUGCUAUCCUUUUUAGAAUGACUCCUAAGUUUGUGUGCCUGGCUAUUGGAAAUAAUUUAAGUUAGACCAAAUGUAAUGGGAUCAAAAUGAAUCAGUUUUACUAAAAGUGUUUGUUUAAAGUUGGUAUUUGUAACUUUGCAGUAAUGAACUACAAUAAUCUUAUUUUCCAGGAUUUUGGGGAAGUAUUCUACCCUUUUUAUUUUGUUUUUGUUCUGCAAGGCAAGUGUCCUAAGUGAAGGUGAAACACUUGUGGAGGGAAACAGUAUCAGCUACCAGUACAAAUUAUAGUAGGGUGACAUUUGGUUAACUUGGUGUAAAAGUGUGCUUUCUGCUGAUUAUCAGCCAGAAAACCUAGGGUGGACUUGGAAUUAUUGGCUUGUGACUGACUGUACAGAAAGGAAAGCUUUUGUCUUGAAUGGUGAGUUGGUAGUCACAUUUGGACCAUUGUAUAUUGCUGUGUUGCAAAUAAAUGCAGAUUAAGCAUU